AUGGAUAUAUAAAAUUAGAGAAGAAAGAGUAAGUUUUCGUUUUCUCGGGCCCCUAUUUCUGAUAAUACUUAACAAAAUACAUUGCAACAAUUUAAGAAUAAGUUCAAAGGCUAAAUGCUACAAUUGAUAAAUAAAAGCGAGAAUGGAAAUACGAAGGAAUAGGAAAUACAAUAAUUUUUAAAUAGAAUAAACAUAGAGUUAGAUGAGGAAGAUAAUAAAUAGAUUAAAUUUGAUCUGAGCGAAUUUUGGGAGAAGUAUACAGAAGGAGAGGUCUUAGGAGAAGGAUGCAUUGGAUUAGUGAAGAGUAUAACGAGAAAGCUAGAUGGAUAGGAGUUGGCAUGUAAGACAGUUAAAACAGAUGCUGAGGAAAUCGUGAAGAAUAUGAUAUUGGAAUUCAAGAAUCUAAAAAAGUUGAGUCAUCCUCACAUAGUAAAAAUGGAGGAAUUAUACAUUCAAUGGAACGAAGGAUUCCAAUCAACUGGGACUGUAUAUGUAGUAAUGGAGAAGGUGAAGGGUAGCGAGAUGUUUGAAGUGAUUCAAAAACAGAAGAAUUAUAGUGAGUGCACUGCUAGGAUCUUAUUCAAAUAAGUAUUGGAGGCAAUUGAUUACAUGCAUGAAAACUAUUGUUGUCACAGAGACUUGAAACCAAAUAAUAUUUUAUGCGCUGAAGAUGGUAGAUCCAUCAAGAUUACUGAUUUCAAUGUCUCCAAGUUUACAGAUGGAUACAAAGAAUUUGGGAAUCUGAAUGAACAUGGAAAAAUCGAGAUGUGGACAUACACAGGGACAGUUGCCUUUUCAGCACCAGAGAUAUUCUCAGGAGGUUUGUACAAUGAAUAAGUGGAUUUAUGGAGUGCAGGAGUGAUCUUAUAUGUGAUGUUAAGUGGAGAAUUACCAUUUAAUUCUGACUAUUUAAAUGAUUUGAUCGACAAGAUAUAAUAAUGCAAAUAUGAAAUGGUUGGUCCCAUUUGGGAUCAGAUUUCUUAUUAAGCUAAAGAUUUGAUAAGCAACUUAUUGCAAUUUGAUCCUCAAAAAAGACUUACUCCAUAACAGGCUUUGGAUCAUCCUUGGGUGAAAAAUGCUCAAAAUGAAUCAAAUUUACCUAGGGAUAGAUUGGAAAAGAAUAUGGCUAGGUUUUUGAAUUGGAAGCCUCAAGAAGCCCAGAUGAAUGCUAAAAAAAUUAAAUAACUCUGCUUCCUUUUCGGAGCUGGGGAAAUCUGGAAGAGAAAUUCAUUGAAACAUUCAUCAGUCUCUACAAUAUCAGAAGAAUUUAAGAAGUUCAAAUCCAUUGACAUUACCUCAUUCAAAGCUACUGAACAGAUACAAGUAGUUAAAGAUAAAAAUUCAAGUCACGUUUAUCACAUUGAUUAUCCAUUUAGUGAAGAUGAAUCUGAUUGA